UCAUCACACAGCCGCCAGUCGCUUACUCGAAACGCUCUUUUCCUCCUCGCCGCCAUGAACAAUGGCCAGGCAAACAACGAUAACAACACCGUGAACCCUCAGGACCUUACGCUUUUGCAGACAGCCGUCGUGACACCUACGCAGUAUGCGCAAUCCAUGGCUCAGCUCCGGCAGUACAGAGAAGGCAUCGAAGCGGCGCAACGCCAACUCGACACUGGGCUGCACAGGUACAUGGCGGUGCAUGAGGAGCUUCAGAGGCGGGCGGAGGCUGGUCGUGAAGCAGAACGAGUGCUCGCGCAGCUCCAUGGUGCAACAACGGCGGUUAUUCAAUCUGUCGCUCCGGCUCAGCCAACGCCCUCAUCCUCGUCGGCUACAAUGCCUCAGACAACACCUACCACUGCUCCGCCUGUGAAUGCCGCGCCAUCACCUUAUUAUCGCCCGGGAUUGUAUGAAAGGGCUCAAUCUACCAGGACUGACAAUGUUCACCCGACCGCUCUCAAUCCCUUGCUGCAACCGCAACAUCGACCUUACUUACAAUAUCAAAAUCCGUCGCCCUUCACGCAAACACCGAACCCAUCUACUCAACAAAUGUACUAUUCCAGCCAGUACUCUCAGCCUAUUGCAUGGGCAGCGGAUGCUAUGACUCAAACUCAGCGCCCCGUGAGCACCCAAGCUCCCGUAAGCUCGCUAUUCGGGGCCGUUCCUUCAUCUUCACAUGUUCAGCGCCAUCACCAGGCUGUCCAGCCGCCUUCAACAGGCCAACAGGCGGCAGCACCCGCAGGUCAUGGUAAUAUUCAGCAGCAGCCAAUUCACCGCGAAUCUUCUUCUUUACAUGGCGCCCUCGGUACAACUGCAAGCGGUGCUGAUACAGUCAUUCAUGCAAAGACGACGUACGCCUCUCGACAUAAGGCAGAGACGCCAGCUGCAGCACCGACAGUGAAUCCUCGAGAUUCAUACAUGACUGUUAUCAAUCUACUGCAGAAUCUAAGGCCAAUGAUCGUGGAUCACGUCAUGUUUGGAGUAUUAGACGAGCUCAAGGAAAAGAUGAAGAAUAAAUUCGCUCCCGAGAUGAUCGAACGCGCUGCUGCUUACCACGCGAGGAUCGCGCAAGCAUAUCCGCCGCAGGAUCAAGGGACGAUCAAGGUGGUCACUCAGCUGAUGGUAGAACAGUUGCAGCCUCUGGAUCCCAGCAUUGUUCAGGCGAUAGUCUACAACAUCAGGGACAGACUACGUAGACCCUCCGGCGCCACAGUGCCACCACCCUCGCAACCUUCGGCGUCUCCGCAAGUCUCACAGCCCGCGAGUGCGAGUACUAGUGCUCCCACUCCACCAUCUGCACCCCCCAUGCGCACGCCAGUUCCAAUAAGACCUAAGCCAUCCGCUGCUGUGAACAAUACACAGCCGCAGAUUCCUUCGAGUCCGCCAUUGCCGCUGCCGCGUUCGCAGCCAUCUAGUUCACCCACGAAGCCGACUCCGCGUGAGACAGCGCCGCCGGAGAUGUUGAACCCUCAGUUCUCGAUGACGGUGUUAAACUUCAGGUCCGGAAUCGGUAAACCACCUGAAUCUCAGCGAGUGCAUCCGCAACCGGAAAACACGGGGAAGAGGCAAGAGGAAUCUGAAGCGGUACCGAUGGAGGGUAUCUCGAAUCCUGCGCAAAAUGCACCACAGCAACCUCCCCCGGCAGAGAGCUCUUCGCAUAUUCAGCUCGAGUCUUCGAGUCUUCCUCCUACUAACGAGGAAGAGAGAACGCAAGCACCGUACCCGAUGUUCCACUGGAUAUCAGAGCCUAUCCCUUCUUCGUCCCCACAGGUUGUCCAGGAACAGCUGCCUGCGCGAGACGGCGUAACAGGCACGCAAACACCUCCUAAACGGAUGCCGAGCCCGCUGACACCUGCGAAAGCGGACAAAUCUCGGCUUGCUCACGACAUAAUGCGCUCGCUCGGCCGUCCAACAGGCUCCGUAGCGCCAGCAAUAAUACCUCUACCUCUUCUGAGCACGCCCGCUUCGGAAGCGGAGCGGACGCCACCUCAGAGGCGGCGGACGAACUCGCUCUCUGCGUCGCCGGCAGAGCGGAAUGAGCCCAGCCCCAGCGUUGUCGAGGAGAUUGCGACGGCAGGUGCGGUGGAGCUCGCGCAGCGGGAGACGGAGGAGAAUGUGCGCAGGGUACUGGGGUUGUCGGAGAAUGUGCCACAGAGCGAGCCGUUGAGAGAAAUGUCCUCGAUUGGGGUGGAGAUGCCGAUGGACGAGGCGAAUAUGGGACCAAGCGGCCUUGUGCAUAUGAUGAACAUCAUGAAUGCUGGAACGGACGCGCUUGCAGCGCCUCAGCCUUUCGCAACUACUCAGCCUUCCGCAGCUCCUCAGCCCUCCGCAACUCCUCAGCCCUUCGCAACUCCUGCUCCGGUGUUUUCAGCACCAAACGAAAUGUUUCCGGACAACGGAUCCGAGACCGAGGGACCAAGUGGCCUUGUGCAUAUGACGAACAUCAUGAAUGCUGUUACGGACGCGCCUGCAGCACCUCAGCCUUUCGCAACUACUCAGCCUUCCGCAACUACUCAGCCUUCCGCAACUACUCAGCCUUCCGCAACUCGUCAGCCCUUCGCAACUCCUGCUCCGGUGUUUUCAGCACCAAACGGAAUGUUUCCGGACAAUGGAUCCGAGACCGAGGGACCAAGUGGCCUUGUGCAUGUGAUGAACAUCGUGAACGCUGGAACGGACGCGUUUGCGGCACCACCUCAGUCCUUCGCAACCCCUGCCCCGGUGUUUUCAGCACCAAACGAAACGUUUCCGGACAAUGGACCCGAGACCGAGCCAUCACCUCUCAUCCACAACAUAGCAAAUGUGCGUGUUAAAGAAGAGGCCGGCGUAUCGGUCCUCGAGUUGUCCGACAACGAGGUGCCAGAAACGCCUCCCGCUCCCGAGUCCGUAGCUUCAGGCCCGCCAACGUCCAGGACGGCUUCUCCCGUUCCCGAAGACGUUCCUGAACACGGUCCUGUGGGUACCACUCUUGUAGAUGCAUUAAUGAACAGCGCGCGUCUGCAACGUUUAUCGUCGAUGCAGGACCGACACUCUGCAACUUUGCUUUCUCCUACUAAGCAUGGGGCUUCGUCAGCUCGAACGCCUCUCUUCCUGCCCUCGCCCGCCGAUUCGGACAUCGAGGAAUCCAGAAGUCUUCCUCUACCCAGCUCGCAGCAGCGCUUCAGCGGCAUGGAUAUAGAUGGAGACGUGCAGAUGGAAGAGUUUGAGGUUAUUCAGAGCUCGCCGGGGGAACAGACGGCCCAGGUCGACCGGAAGGGAAAGAGACGGAUGGUCGUGAGUGACGAUGAGGAUGAACUGCGAAUCAUCGGAGGCCCCUCUCGGCCGAAGAUACAAAGUGGUUUGAAAUACAGGCGGGAGGGUCAGAAGAAAUCGCGGAGGAUGUAUGUGCUCAUGCCACCAAUGCCAGCAUGGGCAAAGCGGUAUAAGAGGAGCGAGAGAGCGCGGAAGACGAGGAGAAGUGAGAGGGGCCUGUCGCCGACCGAGCUGGAAGACGAACUUGACGAGCAGCGGAGAAGGGAAGGUUCGUCCUUAUAGUGGUCCGUGUAGCCGUAGAUCUAGACAUAUCUCAUAUGCUGUGUUUAUCACAGAAGAGCUUCAUCAGCAGGCGGUGCAGCUGUCGUGCUCCCGGCUGCGCGAGUCCCGCUGCUUGUGGCAGGGCUGCGACGUUGU